AUGGCGGAUGACUUGCUAAAGAAAGAUUUGUGCAAAUUAUUCAACAAAUUUAGCAAAGAAGAACUACUAAAGGGACUCAUUGAACAAAGAUUUUUGGAUGAAGAUGUGCUAGAUACAGAAGGAACAAAGAAAACUUUCGUCAAUCGCAUUCUAAAGAGGUGUUUUGACAAGAAUGUGACGGCUGAACAAGUUAGCUUUAUGGAUCUAAUGUGUAAGUUCGUUUCUCUCUUUUAACUUGUUGGACUGAAGUAUAUUUUUGGUAUUGAUUUGAUCUUAUUAGCUUCCAUUUGUAAGAAUUAAGUUUGGUGUUCUUAGUCUAAAUCAACUUCAGAACAAGAAUAAUUAUAAAUUUAAACUGCCAGACCAGCUGUGUUAUCUAAACAAACUUUCUAAUGCCUUAAUUUUCCAAUUGUUGCCAAUUUUUCAGCAUCAUGUUUGUACGAUAACAAAUUAUUUAUCAACAUACAAGUAUUAACAAUCAUUAGAUAUAGAUAUAGUAACUAAUUGAGCGAAGGCUCGAUGAAAUUGAGUGAUAAUUAAGCUUAUAAUUAAUAUGCCUCCGUUCCAUCUAUCCUUGGUUUGAUUUUGAUUUCGUUGUUGCACACUUACCAAUGCCUUACUAUACAAGAAAACAAAGGAAAACUUAAAAAAAAAAACGAUAAAAAUAGGGACUCUAAAUUAGCAUUUCAGGAAGCUGUCUGUCUUCUGGAGGUUUCACUUUGAGAGAGUUUAUUGUAUUUGGGUAUUUCAGAUCACCAGUCUCAUCCAAGCUGUAAGAAAUGGACUGUAUACAAGCUUGUAGGCUUUGGUAAGUGUCAUUCUUUAUAUUAACCUUUAACACUCAUGUAAAACAAUAUUAUACUCAGAGACAAUCGCUUAUUUAACAAGCUUGUUAGAGAAAUUUGUGGAUAGGUCAGAUACAUCUAAAGUGAGCCAUCAACAAUACAAUGGCAAGGACUUGAAGGAAAAACACUCACCUGUUAUUCAUAUUUUUGACUGGCUAAUCUGUUGGCUCAUUUUAUUUCUCUGAUUCCUUAGUUGGAGAUCAGUGUGACUACAUGAAUUCUUCAAAAUUUACUAGCAACCCUGUGAAUUUUGAUGUUGACAACUAGAGUGAAUAUUUAAUGAUUAGCCAGGAAUUAGGUGUGUAAACAAAUAAAUUUAAGACAUGAUUGCUACCUUUUGUUGAAUUAAGCUAGGAAAUCCAGUCGUGACACAGACACACAUUUUUUAAGUUUGUUUCCUGUGUUAAUGUACUUUCAAUUCUAGACCCUAAGAAGGAGCUAAAUGCAUCAGACCCCUGGAAAUUUAAGUCACAAUUGAAAUCCUGUCUAGGACUUUACUUCAAAGUGGUGAGUUAGAGAGAGAUUUUGUCAACAAUUCUCAUGAUAAAUACGGUUGAAUUUCAUGGAAAUGAUUCUUUAAUUCUGACCAGCCUUAAAGGUAACUUGAAUGUAAGCCUCUUACAAUCUUAUGUACAUUGUAAGCCUUCAUUAUAUAUUUCCUGAUGUAGAUUGUAUGAGCAAGUGAAAAACAUUUUAACCAUUUUCAAAGGAAAUUUAUGUUCAUCUUUGGAAAAAUGGUUUAUGGACAAGAAUUCACAUCUGUAAUGGAUCAUCCACCAGUUUACUCAGCAACAAUGUUUUCAUCAUCUACUAUCCUAACUCUGAAUAUGUCUUCAUGUCCACCAUCAAAGCAGCUCACAAACAGUACAUCUUCCAGGUAAAGUGUUAUAGUACUUUUCAUCUUUAAUGUCAUUGUUAGCAGUGAAUGACCAAGGAAUUGCUUAAAUUUCUGCAGGAUUUUGACUGAGGUAUUUGGAGCAAACUUAACACCAAAUGCCUGUUAGAAAUACAUAGUAUGAUUGCAUGUUUGAAACAGACUGUUUCUAAGGUUUCUAAGUAUAUGGACUGGUAGGUAUUCAGUAGUCAAUCUGGUUGUCAGUUGAUAGUCACCCAGUAGUUGACUUUUAGUUGGUGAAUGGUCCACCAAAUUUCAUAACCUUUCAGGUUGGUGACUGACAGCUAGAAUCUUAGAGGCAGUUUGCUCAUAAUAUGUCACUCGCAAACCUUGAAUCACGGGUGGAAUAUAUUUUAUAACCAAUUUUCCUACAGACCCUGUCAAUUCUACUACACUGUCAGACUCUGAAAGAAGUAAAGUUAUCAGGAAGGGACAUGCCCUCCCUCAAGGAACUUGUGCUAAAUAAAAGCAGCCAGGUAAUUUUAAACGAGUCUAAGACUGAAUGAAUACAUAACAAGAUAUGAAGGUAAUUUGUAAAAGAGUGGUUUGGGUGUUUGGCUUCAAUCCAGUGAUGUCAGGUUAGGCCUUGCACUCGACCUGGUUACCACUGACCCUUGUUCAGCCCCCUAAGUUUCCACAACAUGAAUGGCACAAGUCUGUACCUUGUCAGUUGUGGUUUUCAAUCACCCUAUAUUUAUUUUGAAUCAGUUUUGAUUUUGUUUCCAUUUUUGUUUCUAAGCUAUAGAAUGCACAAAAAGAAAUAAAUUACUGUCGGCGGUGGUUCUUGGAAAUUCUUAAUUAAUGUAAUUUCGGAGGGGGUGGGAGUUCAAAAUUACUACCUAACCAACCCACACUCACCCCCCCCCCCUUCCCCACAAAUUACAAUAACAAUCAACCAGUUGAGUAGUAAAAUGCAAUUUUCUCAAGGUAGAAUUUUUUUUUUUGUUGGACAUGUAACAAGAACACCCAGAGAUGUAAUAGGGAGGGGGAAGGGAGAUAAAGACCCUCCAGACUGUCCCCCUAAAUCUGCCUCUGAGCCAUGUUUGUUAUGCAAAUUAUAUAUUUCGCCAGUGGAGAGUGAUUCAUAAGACAGCUUUCUGGUCUCUUGAAGGGAGCCUUUAGUAAGUACAGAUUGAAUCAGGUGGAUGGAAACCCUCUCAGUAGAAAGAGAAAGAGAGAAAAAGGUGAGGGGACAACCGAUCUGAAGUAUUUAAUUUUGCCUUUUUUUGACGUGAUUGUGAAUUAAGUUGAACAAGGAGAGAGCAGCACAUGUGCCAAGUCUCCAGGGCCCUGAUGGUUUCUAGUUUUCUUGUGAGGUGUAAUCUUUUUUAUGCAAUUGGUUUCAAGACAAAUAUUAAGUUACACACAGUUAGUAUGGUGAUAUGAUCUAGAGAUUGUCAAAAGUGGCUUGAAGCUAACAGAAAUCUCCACUUGGCUAAAUUUUUUUAGGUGGUAAAAUUCCUUUGAUCGCUUUUGUAAACCAUAAAAAAAACCUUCCAUCUCCUUUACCUUGUUGAAAAACAACCUUCUCAAACCUUUCUAACAAGCCUGCUGAUUAGAUAUGUUUCAACACCUGUUAACCCUUCAAAUGAGCUUAUGUAAUAGUGGGGUAAUAUACUCUUAGCAAGGAGUUGAUAACGUAAAUUGGCCAUCGUAAAGAGUUUCAAAGCUGAUAUUUCGAGUGUUAGCCCUCCGUCGGCACAAAUAGAGGAAUUGUGUGGUUGUGUAUGUGUUUAUAUGCAGAAAAUGGAGCUACGCUAUUGGUGGGAAUAUGUAACAGCCUUCCCCCAUUACACAGCAUUUCUGUCUUAAGUUAUUUCAUUUUUUACAAAACCUGUAUCAACUGGACAUUAAUUUCACCUAAGCAGAGGUGUAAGUCUUGUUGGUAUCUUCUACAUGUCACUGAUGUUGAGUUCAGAUUUAAAAUCAUUGCUUUUUCAUUAAACCUCAAGCUUGAAAGUUAGUAUGAAGCUUAUUAAAUGUAGAAUGAAUCUUUUUCCAAAGCAUUAAGUCAGCAAGUAUUUCUGGAAAGUAAAGACUUUUAGGAAAGUCCAGGUAUCCUCUUAUGCAGGUUUAACUGUAUUUUCAAGUUUUGUUUGGAUCAUAUUUGGAUUUGAAUGAAAAUAGCUUAUUGCCCUUUUAUUUGUAUGCAAUUCAGAUAGCAAAUUGGAUGUUUUACAAAGUCAGGAAAUCACCAGUGAGAACUGGAAAGAGGAGCAGAAACGGCAGCAAUUAACAGACAAUGCAUUUGGCACAAAUUUGCCUCCUAAGCUGGAAAAGGUAGAGUUUAAGGUUGGUAUUACAUAGUAUGUAUUACACAUAUGUAUUGUGUAUUAUGCAUUUAUUCAAUCAGUCAGAAACUCUCUGAUCCCCAUGAUGUUAAAACACACACACCAAUAGAUAUAUAACACUAUGACACAUGGCUACCAACAAUAAGACCUUCCUACAUUACGUUAUCAUAAAUCAACACUGAUUUUCCUUUCAAGAUGCAAACAAGGCUACGAAGCAGAAAACAAUUCCAUCAGCUCAUCAGGCCAAUCUCCUGCAAUGUCAGGUUUGAAGGAUCCAGUGUUAUAGAAGGGAUCAAGAAUCUUGGAUCACAGAGUUUUGUCGACAUACCACUGCCAUCUUAUAUGACUAAUUUGCACUCUCUAUCGAGGAACUCAUUUAUGCUAAAAGAAAAGGAAAAUGCAUAAAAAGGAAGUUUAGAGGACAUCAGCAAUUAAGGGCCUAAUGAUCAAAUUUAGUGCUUCAAUGUGGAUGUAUCUUUCUGAAGCACACACAGUUUUAAUCAUUUUUAUGAAGUUUUUCAACAACAAAAUUUUAAAACAAAGAUUGUUUUACUUUGGAAAUGUUUCUCCAGUUAUAAGUAUGACCACUUUUAUUUAUUUCAAAAUUAUUUUCUCUUCUCUUAAUGUAUGAAUUCAAGUACUUUACAGCUCAG